AUGGGUUCCUCAAUCCUUGGGUCUGACGAUAGCACUGCAAUGGACGAGUCUGUCGAUAUCAAGCCAGAGAAUCCCUUUGCGUCAUCCAUUGGUUUAUCUGAGGCGGAUCCAAAGGCCCAGGAGCGAGAGGCUAUCAUGCUUGCAAAAAAAGCAGAGAUCCUGGACGCUUGCAAUUCCCGUGAUGUGGAUGCAUUGAUUCGCUGUGCCACUACCGAAGGGGGUUUACUUGAGGAUGCGCUCCGCCAAAAAGCUUGGCCGAUUCUUCUUCAUUGCGACAAGAAUAGCCUGUCGGACCUGAAACCUAUUCAAGACCUGCCGCCACAUACAGAUGAGGAGCAGGUAAAACUUGACGUGGAUCGGUCCUUUGUCUACUACCCCAAUGAUCUGACAGAGCAGGAAAUAACAGAAAAAAAGGAUCAGUUGGAAGUCGUGAUUCUGAAGAUCCUGAGGAAUUAUCCGAUGCUAUGCUACUUCCAAGGAUACCACGACAUUGUCCAAGUUUUUCUAUUGGUUUUGGGAGAGCAACUCGCGGUUCCUGCAAUAGCUCGUGUCUCUUUGUUCCGCAUCAGGGACUACAUGCUUCGUACCCUCUCGCCAGCUAUCAAACACCUGGAGCUGAUACCUGCUAUUCUUGAAGCGACUGAUCCUCCCCUUCGACAGCAUCUUGCUGACAUCCAACCAUUUUUCGCCUUGGCAGCUGCUCUCACUCUGUACGCCCAUGAUAUUUCCGAAUACAGCGAUAUCUCGCGACUGUAUGAUUUUCUGCUGGCCAGAGAACCUGUAGUCGCGAUAUACUUGUUUGCGGAGAUCAUAAUUUCUAGAAAGAAAGAGCUCUUGGAUAUUCCUAUAGACGAACCAGAGAUGCUACAUUUUACCCUCUCGAAACUUCCGCAGCCGCUUGAUCUAGACGGUCAUAUCCUGCGCGCAGAACAACUUUUUAAAGUCAAUCCUCCCGAGACAUUGCCCCAUGGAGUAUGGAAACGUAUCUCUCGGUAUAGUGUCUUAAAGACUUCUCGAGAUCAAUCACAGUCACAGACGGUCGAGAACGCCUUGAAGCUAUUUGGUCUUCAAACACAACAACUGCGGAACGAGGAACGCCGCAAACAGGCUCUUGGCCUAGCAUGGAAACACCGACGAACAAUCGGCUCUGUAGCAUUAGCUCUCCUCGUUGGCGCGGCUUCGAUCUACCUGCGCCGGAAAGGCCUGGAUUCAACUAUUUGGUCUUAUGUAGGCCGGAUCCAAGCUUUUUUUCUAUAA